AGCGAUGCACUUACCACUUGUAUCUUGUUCUGCCACUAUCCCCAUCAACUAGCUGAUUUUCUGAGCUUGUGACUAAUGCAUUGCUAACUUGGGUGGAUUUUCCUUAACCUACCAGUUGUUUUUUUUGCUGCUGAUUAAGCUGCCAUCUUGCUAGUUUGGUGCCGCUUGUUUUGGAGUGGAUAUUCUCUCUACACAGUGUGUUUGUUUUUUUAAACUUGAAUCCGUUUGUGGGUAGCUACAAUUGCUCACACUCAGAAUUGACUCAGAAUUGACCAUCUCAAGGAUUCUAUCAUGAGACAUCCCCUGCACUGACUGCACAGCAGUGCCUAAGUUGGCACAGUGUGUUGGCUGGCAUAUUUGAAUCCUAGAUCAGCGUCAGGUCUGGCUCAAGCACCUCAGUCUAAAGAGCGUAUUAGUUGUUUAGUCAUUGUAAGGAGCUUUCAGAGAGGAUUGGUCCCUGCAGUGGACGUACAUUAUUGCACUGGGCUAGGAUAUGGGGCGACUACUCUCUUGGGUAAGAUGCAUUUGCAAGUAUGGUGCUCUGCCAGUAAAGGCCUUAAGGAGCAAGGUCGAGUUUGUGUCAUGAAGUUUGUAACAUGAACAAAUGGACUGUUCAUGCGGUGCCUGUAGGACAAUAUGGUUCAAUGUUCCAAUGCUGUCCCUGUUUCUUAGUGCCCCUUGUCUUGUCUGUGGGGCAGACCCUAGACAGUCCAUGGCACUCAAUCUCAUGGGCACUUGGUCUCAGAGAAGAGCUGUCUAAUACUGAAGCAGUCCAUACAUUUCACCAGCAUUAUUCUCAAUUCACUAAAAAUGCUAGCUCCUCCCUGACCCCAAUGUGUGGUGGAAGUUGUUAUGUUUACCAUUAGAUUAAGCCAGGCCACCACAUGCAGUGCUGGCAUCUGUUGAAGAUGCUAAGAGUGAUGAUGGCAGCCAAAUUGGUGAGGCUUGAUGGAGCUGCUUGCAUUGAAGGAAUGGGCCUGCGGCUGCUCGUGAUGUAGACACCUAACAGAAGGCAUCUUUUGGGGAGCAGUGCCAUUGGCGUGAGAUAAUCACCACAGAUGCCUCCCUAUCACCACUUGGAGAAUGGUGUGGUGCCACAGGAAUAAUGAGGGUAUGUGAUUUAAGGCCAGAAUUGCAUCUGGAAUUGAGGACAGUAUCAGCAUUUGACUGAAGUUUUAUCAAGGGUAAGUGACCAACAGUUGAAAAAGGAAAAAUCUCUUCAGUUGAGGUCUUGCUAAAAGACACAACAGUGGCAGUUUGCUAUAUUUUCAUCAAUAGCCAAAAAAAAAGCCUUAAGCAGUGAGCCACCCAUACAGUCAUCAAAGAUUGCCAUGAGAUGUCAGGUCAGAUAAUGUUGUAACUAUCAGUUAUAUUGAUCAUCAGUGUAACUGUGCCCAAGAGCAGGUAGCUCAGAUCUGGCAGAUGUUUGGCAAGGAUCAGGUGGACCUCUUCAUCAUUGCCACAUCAACACAUUGCAGCUUGCUUGAUGCACUGCCCACUAUAAAAUGGUAAAUGGUCUGCAUUUAUAUGGCGCCUUUUAACCUUAGCGGUUCUACAAAGCGCUUUACAUUGUUUCUCACACACACACACUCACACACAUGCAAGGCGCUAUCCUGCCAUCGGGAGCAACUUGGGGUUCAGUAUCUUGCUCAAGGACACUUCAGUAUGUGGAGGUGCUGGGGAUCGAACCGCCAACCCUGCGAUUAGUGGAUAACCCAGGCUACCACCUGAGCCACAGCUGCCCCAAUUACUGACUAUUACUGAUUCUUCCAAUUCCAUGCAGUAUUCAGCAACUGCUUGUGGCUACAAGGUAACACCUUGGUUCUCCUUAGUCUUCUGAACACCCUGGUGGCUUCUUCCCUCAGCAGAUCUGCUGUCCCAGAUUGAUGGUGAAAUUUGGCAUCCUUGGCCAGGUCAUCUGUGUCUUGGUCUUGCCUCUCAAAUUGAAUUUUCAACUGAGGACUAGAACACAAGAACCCCUAGCCCUAGAACCCACGGUUGUGGCACCUCGUCCUUGAGGUGGAGUCUCUUAGGGACCUUCUUAAUGAUCCUAUGCAUGAUGUUAAUUUAAAUUGGUGCUGGGGAGUUGCAAUCUCUGGUGAUAAAUUUGUUUUACAUGUGUUGGUGUUCAGAUGACUCUCAGGUGACCUAGUGGCUGAAACUGUGAUUUCUGGCCUUGAAUGAGGGUGUGCCUGCAGAGCAUUCCUUGCUGUUGCCAUUGAGUUGAUCAGUGAGAAAAAGAGAGAAAUGCAGCACAAGGACAUUGGCAAAACUUGCCAGACUUGCAGAUAUUCAAGAGCGGGUGGACUGAGCAAUACAUAGAUGCCAGGAAAGAGAUAUAUGCUAACUGGAUGAGGUUUGUAAAUUGUGCUCGUAGUGAUACAGAGCAGAAUCUAGUGGCAUUCCAGUAUCAAGGAGGUAUCCUCUACCGCUGCUGUCGAUCUGUCAAAGCAGGAGAUGAGCUGUUGGUGUGGUAUGAAGAGGAAUACGCCAAAUAUCUUGGCAUCCUGUUCGACUAUCUCUGGGACAAAAAGUGCCCCACAAAUGAAAUGAAGAACAGCCUGCUGCAAGUCUUUUCCUGUUCCUUGUGUACAUUUUCCUAUACAUCUCAAGUUUACCUACAAAGACACAUAAAGAGAUGUCACCAUGAGGAAUAUAUCAGACUGUUAAUGUCUGGAAAGGAUCAUUAUGAGAAUAUAACAACCACUGUAACCUUAAGUAGUCAGCAAAUAUCUUCUGACACGCUCUGCACUAAUACUCAUCUUGAACAAAUGCAGAAUGAAAUGUAUGUUAGUAGGAUAAGUGAUACUCAGCACAGUACUCUCCAACAACAGAUCCACACAGGAGAGAAGUCAUAUCAAUGCUCAGAGUGUGAGAAGAGUUUCUGUGAGAGAGGUAAUCUGCAACGACACCAACUCAUCCACGCAGAAGAAAGGCCGUAUCCUUGCUCAGAGUGUGGGAAGGGUUUUACUCAAAAGAGUGAUCUCCAACAACAUCAGUGUAUUCACACAGGAGAGAAGCCAUAUCGCUGCUUGCAGUGUGGAAAGAGCUUUUGUGAGAGAGGUACUCUGCAACGACACCAACGUAUUCACAAAGGAGAGAGGCCACAUCCUUGCUCCCAGUGUGGGAAGAGUUUUAGAGAGAGCUGUGCUCUUCAACGACACCAGCGCAUUCACACAGGGGUGAAGAUGUAUCAGUGCGCUCACUGCAGGAAGUGUUUAACUCAACUGAGUUAUCUCCAAGAACACCAGCGUCUUCACACUGGGGAGAAGCCUUAUCAGUGCACAGUGUGUGGGAAAACUUUUACCAGGAAAGGGACUCUCACGAAACAUCAACUCAUCCACACAGGAGAGAAGCCGUAUCCUUGCUCCCAGUGUGAAAAGAGUUUUAUUCACCAGAGCACUCUGCAUCUGCACCAGAUCAUCCACACAGGAGAGAAGCCCUAUCACUGCUCCCAGUGUGGCAAGAGGUUCAAUCGAAGCAGUAAUCUCCAAGCACACAAGCUCAUUCACACACAAGAGAAUCUGUAUCACUGCUCUGAAAGUGGGAAGAGUUUUACUCACAAAAUUACUCUCCAAAAACAUCAGCGCAUUCACACAGAAGACAAGCCAUAUCACUGUUCAGAAUGUGGGAAGAGUUUUAGCAAAAGAGGAACUCUUCAACAACACCAGCGCAUUCACACCGGAGAGAAGCCAUAUCACUGCUCACAGUGUGGGAAGAGUUUUACUCAACGGAAAACUCUCCUUGUGCACCAACACAUCCAUACAGGAGAGAAGCCUCAUGAGUGCUUUCAGUGUAGAAAGAGCUUUAAUGACAGAAGUGCUCUCCAACGGCACCAACGCAUCCAUACAGAAGGGAAGCCAUAUACCUGCUCCCAAUGUGGGAAGAAUUUUAGAGAGGGCAGCGCUCUCCAACGCCAUCAGCGAGUUCACACAGGAGAGAAUCUGUAUCAGUGCUCACAAUGCGGAAAGAAUUUUACUGAGAAGAGUUCUCUCAGGAGACAUCAGGUCAUUCAUACAGAAGAGAAACCGUAUCAGUGCUCGCAGUGUGGAAAAAGUUUUAGCAGCCUAGGUACUCUUCAACAACACCAGCGCAUUCACACUGGAGAGAAGCCGUAUCACUGUUCUGAGUGUGGGAGGAGUUUCACUCAACGGGGUGCUCUUCAACGUCACUGGCGCAUUCACACAGGUGAGCAACCGUAUCACUGCUCACAGUGUGGGAAGAGUUUUACUCAACAGAGUGCUCUUCAGCGACAUCACCGAAUUCAUACAGGAGAGAAGCCGUAUCCCUGCUCACAGUGUGGGAAGCGUUUUAUUCAAAAAAGUGAUCUCCAACUCCACCGACGCACUCACACAGGGGAGAAGCCAUAUCCCUGCCCACAGUGUGGGAAGAGUUUUAAUCAGCAUUGUGCACUCAAACUCCACCGACGCACUCACACCGGAGAGAAGCCGUAUCCAUGUGCAGAGUGUGGGAAGAGAUUUAAUCAGCACUGUGCACUCCAGCUACACCAGCGCACUCACACAGGGGAGAAGCCCUAUCACUGCACACAGUGUGGACGUAGAUUCGGCUAUUCAAGUACAUUUAAAACUCACAGAUGCACUAACGCUGAGUUAGCAGCUCUUAACACAUGAUGUCAAAUUGAGAAAGACGAUUAUUAACUGUGUAAUUUUACGUGAACUGGACAUACCAGUGUUGACCUCCUGUUGAAGACAAACAAAAAACAUUGAAUGUUAAUGUUACACGGGAACAGGAACAUAUUCAAAUUAAGAGUGUAUGUUCUAUUUUAGUCUUUAUUGCUAUUAUGAUGCACUGCAUUAGUGAGUUCAACAAUAAGACUUGCCAAAUUUCUACAUACAACAAAAAUCAAGAAAAUGAACAUGAAAAUAUUUUGAAACUGUGUGUGUUUUACUUAUGCGUAAAGAACAAAACAUGGUAGGGUGUGCUGUUUUACAAAAUUAAUCAAUGGCUUUGAGAUUUGACAAAUGAGAUUUGAGAAUUCAGCAUGGUGAGAUGAAUGUAAAUAAAAUGCUCCAGCAAGAGGCAAAAUGUCAUGUAAUUUUUCUCAACUAGUGAUGCAGUAUUUGGAAACUCCUGGUACUAAACC